GCAACUAGAGAUAGAACAGGGAAAAAGAGCCAGACGACUGUAUAAAGGGACAGAGAAAAUAAGAGAGAAAUCAUAUUCAUAGACAAAAGGUCAGAGACUGAUAGAAAAAUAAAAGCAGAGACAGAAAGUCAGGAAGAAAAGAAAAUACAUAUUAAGAGAUUGGAAAAAGAAACUAAGAAAAUGCAAAGAAUAUAGAAAUGAAAAGACUAAAAUACAGAAAAAGGAGACAGAAAUAAACAAAUGAAUAAAAUAGAAAUAAUAUGAUAUUGGAGACAAAUGAAGAAAAAGGAAAGACAAGAAGCAAAAAAGACUAAGUAUUGCUAUAGAUAAAGAGAGACAGUGAGAUAAAGAGGCACAUACAGUCAAAAGGGACAACAAAAGGAUCCAAAAAGACAGCUAAGACCAGUAUGAAGUCAGAUAGAAUACAAGUCAGAGACUGGCACCAAUAAAGAGAUAGACAAAGGGAGAAGAAAAAAGCCGGAGACGGACAAUCAAGAAGGUCAGAGAGAGAGAGAGAAAGAAAAAGAGAGAGAGAGAGAGAGAGAGAGAAAGAGAGAAAAAGAGAGAGAAAGAAAACGAGAGAGAGAAAGAGAGUAAAAAAUAGAUAUUUGGGCAGAAAAAGAGAGUGAGGAACAAAAAGCAGUCAGAGAGACAGUGAAAGAGAGACGGGAAAGAUAAAGAAGAGGCAAUGCUGCAUAUUGUGGUUUUCACCGUACUUAUGCAUUACAGCGCACAAGGUUGUAUCUGUGCGCCAUCUCUCUCUCUCUUAGUGGUCCAUACUCCCUCACGUAAUGAUAGCGCCCUGCUAUGUGAACUCUGCCUUAAAAAUAAUUUCCAGAGACAGAACAAUUAUACUUUCAUAUGGUCUCUUGAUGGACAUGAGGUGAAGAAAAUGCAGGGUAAAAGCGUAUCUAUAUACAGCCUGACUGCUAAGGACAGGAAGGAACGUGGUCUAUGGAGAUGUGAAGUGGAGGAAUAUCCUUUUCUACGCGCUGAGUAUCACCUGGGAGGGAAAAAAACAAAAAUACACUGCCUACCCGCAUCUUCUCUCUCUCUCUCUUUGGUCAUCGUACCGGCAAGUAAUGAUAGCGGCCUGCUUUGUGAUCUGUGCCUGCCAGAGACAGACCAGAGACUGAGCUAUUAUACUUUUAUAUGGUCUUUCAAUCAAAGAAAUGUGGAAAAGAAAAUCCAGUGUCAGCAGAUGUCUUUCUAUACGCUGGAUCCUCACGAUAACAAGACACAUGGCUUAUGGAGAUGUAAAGUACAGGAAUAUCCGUAUCUCAAUGCCGAGCAUUACCUGGGAACUAGCAAACCAACCGCGCCAACAGAGAGGAAGCCAGAUAAAAAACCCUUGACUUUUCCAUUUAUGUUUCUUCUCAUUAUGGCAGUGGUGACUUCUGUCACAAUUAUUAUUGUUGCAACAUUUCUGAUUCUAGAAGGCAGAAGAACGUCUGUCACUCUUCAAUCAACAAAAGCGGAACAAGACUCUCCUAGCCAAUCCAAUGCACAGAAUAUUUGCCUUGAGACCUGUAAUACGUCUCCUGAGAAGAGUGAUGAGGUGCAUUAUGCAGAACUUCAACUGGAACAAAAGCCACUGGGCAGGGUCACGAGUUCUCGUUCUACAAUAUAUGCUUCUAUCGUGUAACAACUUCGUUUUCCCAGCGACCCACAGUUUAUUAGAAUUUGAUCUAAAGCAAUAGAUGAUUGCUAGAUUUUUUUUUAGAAUUGUAGAGCAGCAGUGCAUUACUGGGAGCUAGCCAAAAAAAAUCUGGCGAGCCAACGACAAGAGGCAUAUGUAUAUAGCUACCUUUCACGCAGCUAGCUCCCAGUAGUGCAUUUCUGCAGCUGAGGUUAUGUACAUGCUUUUCAUCAAAAGACACCAAGGGAACAUAGUAAAUAUAACUGAAUUUAAAAGUGCCUUCAAAUGACAUGAGCUAUCAGAAUCAUAAAAGCUUAAUUUCGAUUUUACUGUCCCUUUAAAGGAAUAGUCAAGUCAAAAAUAAACAUUCUCGAUUCCAUUAGGGCAUAUAAUUGUAAACAACUUUCCAAUUUACUUUUAUCACCAAUUUUGCUUUGUUCUCUCGCUCUUGGUAUUCUUCGUUGAAAGCUAAACCUAGGUAGGCUCAUAUGCUAAUUUCUUAGCCCUUGAAGGGUGCCUCUUAUCUAAAUGCAGUUUUUCACCACUAGAGGACAUAAAUUCAUGUGUGUCAUAUAGAUAACAUUGAGCUCAUGCCCGUGGAGUUACCUAGGAGACAGCACUGAUUGGCUAAAAUGCAAGUCUUUUUAAAAGAACUAAAAUAAGGGGGCAGUCUGCAGAUGCUUAGGUACACGGUAAUCACAGAGGUAAAAAGUAUAUUAUUAUAACUGUGUUGGUUAUGCAAAACUGGGGAAUGGGUAAUAAAGGGAUUAUCUAUCUUUUUUUAAAACAAAAAAUUUCUGGUGUUGACUGUCCCUUUAAGGAAAUUAUGUAAAUGAUAAGAAAAACAAUUAUUUCAAAUAAACAGAUCUAAGAGAUGCUG